AUGAUAAAUAAAUUAGAAAAUCUAGCAAAUGAAAUUCUUCUUCUUAUAUUAUCUUAUAUACCAUGGUUUCAAAUCAUAGAAUCAUUUUGGUCAUUAAAUAAACGAUUAAAUGAUCUUAUUUAUUUAAAGACUUUAAUGAAUAAUAAUGGAAUAAUUAUUCAUAAACGAUGUUUAUCUUUUAAUAGAUGUCAUUCAAUAAUGACAUCGAAAAUUAGUGAUUUGUUAUCAUUUUUUUCCUGUAUAGAAUGGAUGGAUAUUGAUGGAAAUCAUUCAAAUUAUGAUGAUAUUAUAUGUCAAUGGAUUUUUUAUCGUGAAAUUCUUAAUUUUGUUAAUUUAAAAAAGCUUAUUCUUAGACAAUGUUAUUUAACAGAAAAAUCUCUUAAAAAUUUAUCAUUACUUAUUCAAUAUCAAUUAGAUGAAUUAAUAUUAAUAUUUGAUAAAAAUAUUUUUGCAUUAUUUUGUCAUGGAGCACGAAUUCUAAGAAAACGCUUUAAUCGAGGUGAUUUUACAUAUUUUUUUUUCAUAUUUUCGAUCUGA